AAUUCAACGUUAGACGAGUCAUUCAGCUAUGAUGUUACUCCAGAAAAGUAUAGUUCCAUAAUAAUUGGUGAUCAUGGCACAACUCCAUCAGCAUAUUCAGAUUUCGAUAUAGAUAGGAGUGGUUUCGGAUAUAAGUACUCUUACGUUUCACAAGUUUCACUCUUAAAUAGCUUAUUAGCACGUUAUUCUGUACCCUUUGUUAACGCCAGCACUUCUAAUAUUGUUGAUUUGGGUGGUUCUUUUGUAUAUUUGUUUGAUAGUAAUGAUAGAAGUCCAACUGGUGCUGACCCUCUUUGCGGAUCUACUACUUCUUUUGUUAAAGAGUGUGAUUUAAGACAAAGGCUUGAAAUAAAUCCUAAUUGGUGCCUUUUGAUAGGAAAUUUCUUUGUAACCCAAUCUGUUAAUUAUC